UUGUGGAGCGAUACAAGUUCGGUUGCGCUUUGAAUGAGGGGCCAUCAUCCCGGUGGUUCAGCGCUGCUAUUUAUCUCCUUUUUACUUUGAAAAUGACAAAGUUGGAUUUAUUGACGGGCACCUGAGUCACCAGCACGCCUUCUUGCGCCCAUUUGGCCCGAUCCUUUGGAUGUUUCCUCGUUCUGCUCCCCUUCAUUUGCACACUCCAGCAUCGUAUACUUUCCUUAAUGCUAAUGCCUUAAACCUGACCUAACUUCAUUUAAAAAUAUACACGUUCUGUAUUUAUACAUUUAUCUCCCGGAGGAUUUCAAACAUACAGCCUAGCAACUUCAAAUCCCACUCCCCCUCCCUUGUUCCCUUGGCAUCAGAUUAAGACGGGUAACUCAAAACACACGUACACGACGUACAGCAAGCAUGUCCUCCAUACUACCCUUCACUCCCCCGGUUGUGAAGAGGCUUCUUGGGUGGAAGAAGACUCCUCCGGCAGGAGGUGGAGGAGCCGGAGGUGGGAUAGGGGGAGUCGGGGAGCAGAACGGAGGUGGGCAGGAGGAGAAGUGGUGCGAGAAAGCCGUCAAGAGCUUGGUGAAGAAGCUGAAGAAGACGGGGCAACUGGAUGAGCUGGAGAAAUCCAUCAGUACGCAGAACAGCAACACAAAGUGUGUCACCAUACCAAGCAAUUGCUCAGAUCUAUGGGGUCUUGGCUCAGGCCACAUGAUAGAACAGUGGGACUCUGCAGGCAUGUACGGAUACCAUGACCACAACAGGUCACUGGAUGGCCGUCUUCAGGUGUCCCAUCGUAAGGGCCUGCCACACGUCAUCUACUGUCGCUUGUGGCGAUGGCCAGAUCUCCACAGCCACCAUGAGCUGCGAGCCAUUGACAACUGCCAGUUUGCCUUCAACCUCAAGAAGGAUGAAGUGUGCGUCAACCCAUACCAUUACCAGAGGGUGGAGACGCCGGUGCUGCCCCCAGUGUUGGUGCCACGCCACACAGAGAUUCUGACUGAGCUUCCACCUUUAGACGACUUUACCAAUUCAAUCCCUGAAAACACCAAUUUCCCUGCCGGCAUAGAUCCUCCAAACAACUACAUACCAGAGACUCCCCCGCCUGGCUACAUCAGUGAGGAUGGCGAGGCUAGUGACCAGCAGAUGAAUCAAAGUAUGGAAUCAGGUUCACCAGCAGAACUGUCACCCAACGCCUUGUCACCAGUCAGUCACGGCCUGGACCUUCAGCCUGUUACCUACAGUGAACCAGCUUUUUGGUGCUCUAUAGCCUACUAUGAGCUCAACCAGCGAGUUGGAGAAACCUUCCACGCGUCGCAGCCUUCUCUUACUGUGGAUGGCUUCACUGACCCCUCCAACUCUGAACGUUUCUGCCUCGGUCUACUCAGCAACGUCAACAGGAACGCCACUGUUGAAAUGACAAGGAGGCAUAUAGGUCGUGGCGUGAGGUUGUAUUACAUUGGAGGUGAGGUUUUCGCCGAGUGCCUCAGCGACAGUGCCAUUUUUGUCCAGAGUCCCAACUGCAACCAACGAUACGGCUGGCACCCCGCCACGGUCUGCAAGAUACCUCCAGGCUGUAAUCUGAAGAUUUUUAAUAACCAAGAGUUUGCUGCGCUGCUGGCCCAGUCUGUCAAUCAGGGUUUUGAGGCGGUCUACCAGCUGACCAGGAUGUGCACCAUCAGGAUGAGCUUUGUUAAAGGCUGGGGUGCUGAAUACAGACGGCAGACGGUCACCAGCACACCUUGUUGGAUCGAGUUGCACCUCAACGGCCCCCUCCAGUGGCUGGACAAGGUACUGACCCAGAUGGGUUCCCCUUCCGUGCGCUGCUCCAGUAUGUCAUAAGUGGCGUGGAGCUUCUGCAGAAGAAACUUGACCUUGCACAACAUUUGACCGGCGUCUUGAAGGACGACACCAUGCGGAGGUGACGGAGCGACAUCAUCACAAGAAGAAGAAGAAAGUCAACCUCAGAGAUGAGAGAGUGGAAUGUAGACGUCACAGCAAGCCUGAUCACCUUUUUGCUUCUGCUGGAUCCACCUCAGGCGGACAUUCCCGAUCAUCAUGGACUUAAUGGAACAGUUGGAAGUCACUCAAGGAUGACGGUAGCCCAGAAUCCAUUCAGGUAUUGGACUGAGGUGCUGAACCAGACCUUCAACAACUGUUUCUGAGAAGCAAAGUCCACCUCACUGCCGGGAGACGCCACACCACAAAGCUGGAUCCAGUGUCAAGAGUUUUUCCGUUUACACAAGGUUGACUUGUAGUCCAACUGCCACUCUCUGGGUUCAUGUUCAACCAAAGUGUUUCUUGGUUUCAGUGACCAAAGUAUUGUUUUCUUUUCCCUUCUCUCAGUCCGUUGUUGAUGUCUUUUGAUGAACAGUAACACCCCCGUCUUCACAUCUCACUUUUCACUCAACGUGGUGGGCUAGAUUACAAUUCCACGUCCACAUUCUUGUCUCUUGCUUCCUUCUACUCAUCGUCCUAUAUCCAGGGGCCACUGUAACGUCGUCAGUUGGUUCCCCUCAUCCCGGAUGACGCUCCCAACUGAUGCAUGGUCCCCCGCCCAAUCGUCACGAGUCCUACAAUGUGGGAUUUUUUUUGGGAAAAAUGGCCUCAAUAUUGUAAUUGCACUGCCCCCCAAAUGAUGCACCCUUAUUAACGCUUUCAAGAAAGUUGCCUUUUUGAUGUCAAAUACAGCAAGACAUGCUUUUAAAUUGUACAGAUAGGAAUGUGGGGGGGAAAACAACCCAAGAGAAGCAAAGAAUUAGCAUAUUUUUUAAAUAAUCACCAUAAAAGAUUCCUCCUUUUUAUUGUAUAAAUUGGCUGAUGUGGUAUUUUAGUGAGUCCUCAUCUGAAAGCAGUUUAGAGUCCACAUGUUUCCAAUCAAAUGUAUUUAAGCUUUAAGUUUUAAACCAAGCACAGUUAUUUGAGGUUUGGAGCUUUGUUUUCCCCCGUAUUGAUGAUUUAAAAAAAAUAUAUAUAUAUAUAUAACGCAGCUGGGGUAGGCUCUGGCCCCCCUCUACUGCGACCCCAAGAGGGACAAGUGGUAUUAAAUGGAUAUAUAUAUAUAAAUGUGAAAUAAUCAAGGCUUGAGAACAAACACAAGAAAUUGGCCAAGUUGUGUUCACACAAUCAGUGAAAUAUUUUUUAUUUUACCUCCUUUCUUAAAAAUGAGAUUUGAAAUUGCUCUAUUAUGAUUGAAUACUUCCAGAAUAUAUAAGCUAUUUUAUCCCCUUUUAAAAAGGACCUUUCACCAAUUGCAAAAUGGAUUAUGAUGUCCCCAAAGACUAAAUGCAACGUUUGUACAAGUUGAUUAACACAAUGGCCGCCUCUCAACUCUUAUUUCAACGACAACACGACUCGACGAACACAAUUUGUAUGUUUCAUGUCCUCAUGUUGUUGGGUUUUUUUUACUUGAUGCAUUGAUUGAAUUCUGUCUACUUUCCUUCAGCAACAUUCCAGUUUGCAUUGUAAAACAACAAUUCUGCAGCUUGUGUGUUUGUGUUCAAUUCCACGGAGUUUUCAUGUUCAAUGUUCCUGUCAGGCCAAUGUUGCACGACGUCGGUGUAAAUACGUCACAUUCCACACGCGUCGUUUACUCCCAACUAUUGGAAGCGACAUGUUGUCCAACAGGGUGAUGAAUAUUGACGAGUUGAAUGACAAACCUGAUCCUGCAGGGUGGCCUUUUUCUAGUCUUUUCUUUUGAGUCCUCCUCCUCCGGAUCCAAUGAGAUCGUACUUGUACAUAAACGUAACUCGCGGUUGUUUCUUUCCUUUCCUUUGUACUCACUAGGCGAUGACUUGUUGGCUGGGCGGGUCAGUAAGAAGAUGUUGUAUCAGUGCCACCGAGUGUUUGUUCUAUGCAUUGACUUCAGAUUGUAUUCAUUCGUAGUUCCCCUUGAUGUUCCAUCACUUGUGUGCAGAUUGCCAGCUUCCAACCAGCCUUUCCCUCCUCUCAACGAGUGCCACCUUGUUCUUUAUAGUCGGCUUCUUCCCUUCCCCGGGGAGUGUGAGCCCAGGUGUGUGUGAGCCACAUCUACACACACCUUGUUGGUUCUUCUGUGAAGGACAAGUGUGGAUUCCCAAACAGCCUCUGGGGAAUUUUCUCUAAAAAACAAAAAAAACAAACUACUACUACUUCAGGGGAAAGUUGCUUCACGUCUCGAGUAGUUUUGUAUAGUUCUUCUCUCAUCUUUAUUUGUAUGUUUUUUCUGGCUUCCCGCCAACAUAGGCCAUCAGACAACAAGCUGUAAGGAUUCUUCAAACACUGAUGUGAGCAACUUGGGACUGUGUACACUAAUAAAGCUGGUCUGAUUCCAGUCAGAAUGUUUGUUGUGUUGUCUUGGCAAACCAA